AUCUCAGAUCGACAAUGAAAUUGCAGAUGCGAGCUUUACCAAGCGAGCUUUCCUCAGAAAUUCACGUCCCCAGAUGGUCCAAUUUCAUGAGAAGUUUUGGCUCAGCUUCUCACCUUAUCUGGAUAUCACUCAUCCUCCUUAUAUUUUUCCUCUGAUCAGAGUCUGGCUGAGCCCUUCAAUCUUUCUGCUACUCUGUUCAGAGUUGUUUUGGAAUAAUGGUGGUCAAUAUGGAUAUCGAUUGGGUUCAUUACCUAAAGGGUAUGUUGAAACCGCUUGCGGCCAUCACAGUGGUUUUGAUGGCUGUGGUUCUGUCGUAUGUGCAGAAGCUUGGGUUGGGGAAGGAGAUCCUCUACUCCAUUACAAGGGCUUUUCUUCAGUUGUCUGUUAUCGGCUUCGUGCUUCAGUUCAUUUUCAAUCAGAAGAACGAUUGUUGGAUUAUCGGCGCUUACUUGUUCAUGGUCUCAAUUGCAGGUUACACGGCAGGCCAACGUGCAAAAAAUGUACCACAUGGGAAAUACAUUGCAGGAGCAUCUAUUCUGACUGGAACAUCAGUGACCAUGUUCUUGCUUGUUGUGCUCAAUGUGUUCCCUUUCACACCAAUGUACAUCAUCCCUGUUGCAGGCAUGAUGGUUGGUAAUUCCAUGACUGUUACUGGUGUAACAAUGAAGCGACUCCGAGAUGAUGUCAGGAUCCAAAAAAGCCUGGUGGAAACUGCAUUAGCACUGGGAGCAACCCCACGUCAAGCUACACUUCAGCAAGUAAAGAGGGCUCUGAUUCUUGCUCUCUCUCCUUCGUUGGACAAUGCAAAGACUAUGGGGCUGAUCUCACUUCCUGGUGCCAUGACUGGUCUUAUAAUGGGGGGAGCCUCCCCUUUGGAGGCCAUUCAAUUGCAGCUUGUGGUGACGAAUAUGCAGAUGGGGGCAUCAACUGUCAGUAGCCUUAUGUCAACAUACCUUUGUUGGCCAGCCUUCUUCACCAAAGCUUACCAAUUGGAGGCCAAGGUCAUCAAUGCAGAGUAGGCUUUUCUUUUUGUUGCUAAACUAUUCUUUACUACAUAUAUAUCAAUUGUGAAUUUGUGGUUCAUGCUCGUAGUACAUGAUAUGGUGAAAGGAAAGGUAUUCUUCAUGAUGUCUGCCGAACUUGUAUUUAUGAAUCUAUGUUGUUUUCUUAAAUUGAAACCCAUUAUAAACUGCAAGUCUGCAAUCAUCUCAACCACUCUUUUGCAAUCA